CAUUUUUCACAAAAUCGUGUUUUCUUUUUUUUCAAAAAAAAAAUUCGAAUGUCGAAAAUUCGAUAACACAAUUUGUGUCAUUUCAGCCGGGUUUCAGCUUGUGAAAUUGCUUCAGUUCAGUUCAAUUUUCGCCACUUUUGUGUAAUUUAAUCGUGUAACGUACUUGUCAUUCAUGAUUUGUCGAAUUAAUUCUAAAAAGAAGUGUGCUGCGGUUCGAUUAAGUAGAUGAAUCGUAAACGUAAAUCACAAACUGAGAAUGUCUCUUCAAAAAUCCCUCGUAUCGAGGAAGAUGAAACUGACGAAGAUGCAGAUCCUCUAAAACCGUCUUUUCCUGUUUGCAAUGAUACCGAAGCUGGGAUACAAUAUAUACGAAACAUAAUACUGAAGUGUAAAAAAUUGUAUCCUUUUCCACCGGUCGUAUUCGUCCAUCAGAUUUUCAAUAUUAUCCAGAACAGAACCACUGUCAAUAGGCAAAUUGAGAACCUACGUAAUGAGAAGAAAAUCGUAUUGAUUCAUAUGGGCAGCGAUGAGAAUAUGAAAAUAGUUGUAUUCCACGACGAUUUGAAAAAUCACGUACUCGCUGAGAAGACCAAGUCGGAAACGAUGCUUUUCCAGAAAUUUUUCGAUAAAGUGCUCCUGAGUACGAGGGAUAUAGGAAUUUCGAAAACGGAUUUGUUAAUCAAACAUCGAUUUUCCGAAGCUGAUGUCCGAACUUUGGUUAACGCUGGUCUAUUGAUUUUGAAAGAAACCGGUAUCUUUUGGUUUUCGUUUCCUUCGGCUGGUGCGUUUAUGAAAAGAGUACUGAAAGGACGUCAGAUUAUUCUGCAGAUAAUCAGGAAGCGCAGAUAUCGUGAAAUUUUACAAACUGAGUUGGAGAAAAGAAAGCUGGAUAAAUCUUUAGAAUUACCUUUACAUUACUUAAUACAUGAUCUCGUCGGAGGAAAAGUGCUGAAAUGCGUUGAAACAACAUCGGGUGCAUUACUACGAAGUAGUACGUGAUAUCGUCAUCUCUGUGAUAUUUAUCCUACAAGGAACUUUACAUUAUUCUUAAAUCGUCGUAAGAAUCGAACUAAACCAAAAAAAUAAAACAAUGCAUUACGUUUUA